AACCCACCCACCCCCACACCUCUUAACGGCUUUAAUAUCUACGACUGCUUUUAGCGGGAGUUCUCUCUGUCUUACGCUCCCUUUCUUUCUCUAAAAUUCUCAUGAAAAGCCCUAAUUUUACGCCCUAUUUCGCCGCUUCCGGAUUCUCCAUCUUACUUUCUCUCGCUAAUUGUAUGCAUUUCUCUAUGUCUUAUCUUCUCUGUGUUUCUUUCUCUAGUUUUCCUGCCAUUUUUGCUCUCUCUCUACUAAUUUGACAGUUCUCUGGCUGAACUGUUAGCUGCAGUCCUUUUGAUGAAUUUGCUUCUUUUGUUCUACGGUGGUUUUUUACAUGUAUGCUCUAAUGGAAGUUGAUGUUCUUUUUACGGCACAGUCUUUGAGGGUUGGUCCAUUUGCAGGCUUUUGAUCUCCAUUACUUCAUCAGAAUGAAGCGUGUUUUUGAUGAACUAUCAGAUGAAGAAUGGGAGGGCCGGUCGUUUAAGCUUUCAAAGAUUCUGAAGCGCCCUGAAAAGGAUCAUUACAAGAAUGGAAAAGCUUUUCCCGCUAUUGAAUCCUUCGCAUUUAGGUCAAAAAGAAACGACCCUGAACCAGUCCAUGUACUUGAUUCAGAGGAUGAUGAUGAUGAUUUCGAGUCAGUCGUGGGAAAAACCACAGGAAUUAAGUCUAGAGCAAAGAACAUGGACUCUGAAUCUUCUUCACCUACAAGUGAUUCAGACGACGAUGAUUAUGAACCAAAAAAUGUCCUCGGAAGGGCUAGGACAAAAAAAUUGAACCUAGAACCUUCUUCACCUGCAAUUGAGUUAGAAGACGACGAUUAUGAACCAACAAAACCAAAAAAAGCCCCAGGUAUAAGGGCUAGGGCAAAAGGUAGUGAUCGUGAACCUUCUUCACCUGCAAAUGAUUUAGAGGAUGAAGAUUGUCAACCAACAAAGGGAAGGCCACAUGUAACUAGGACUCGACGUUUUGUCAUCGAAGAUGAGAGUGAUGAGGAAGUUGUUCCAGAGAAGAAGAAUCAGAAGGCCUUAGAAGAAGAGGAUGAAAUUUGGGAAAUUCAGAGUGAUACUGAGUACGCAGAGCCAGUUGAUGAAGAUGAUGUGGUGGGAAAUGCUUUGCAAAAAUGUGAUAGGAUUUCGGCUUCUUUGAGAAAGGAGCUCUAUGGGAGCAGUUCAGGUUCUCCUGUAUCAUGUGAGGCUUAUUCAGAAGUUGAUGCUGCUUCUGCUAAAAUCGUCAAACAAGAAGAUAUUGAUGCCGCUUGUGCGAGUGAGGAGUCUGAUGUUCAGCCAAUUUUGAAGCCAUACCAGAUUGUUGGUGUGAACUUUCUUCUUCUAUUGUAUAGAAAGAAAAUUGGUGGAGCCAUUCUGGCUGAUGAGAUGGGACUUGGUAAAACUAUUCAGGCAAUCACCUAUUUAACUCUCUUGAAGCACUUGGAAGAUGAUCCUGGUCCUCACUUGAUUGUUUGCCCGGCGUCUGUUUUGGAGAACUGGGAGAGAGAACUUAAAAAGUGGUGCCCAUCUUUUACUGUCAUUCAAUUCCAUGGGGCUGGACGUGCAGCCUAUUCUAAAGAGUUGAGUUCCCUUGCCAAGGCUCAUCGGCGGCCACCAUUUGAUGUGCUCUUAGUGUGUUAUUCACUUUUUGAAAGGCAUAGUGUGCAGCAAAAGGAUGACCGCAAAGUGCUAAAGCGUUGGCGGUGGAGCUGUGUGGUCAUGGACGAAGCCCAUGUUUUAAAGGACAGAAAUAGCUAUAGGAGAAAAAACUUAAUGUCUGUUGCACAAAAGGCAAACCAACGUCUGAUGCUGACAGGGACACCCCUUCAAAAUGAUUUGCAUGAGUUAUGGUCAUUAUUGGAGUUCAUGAUGCCUGAUAUUUUUGAAACUGGAGAUGUAGAUCUGAAGAAGUUGUUGAAUCCUGAAGAUAAAGACCUGAUUGCCCGCAUAAAGUCCAUUUUGGCGCCUUUGGUUUUAAGGCGUCUAAAGUCAGAUGUAAUGCAGCAGUUGGUUCCUAAGAUCCAACGGGUAGAGUACUUAUCCAUGGAGACGCAACAUGCUGUAGCAUAUAAAGAAGCAAUUGAUGAAUACCGUGCGGCCUCUCAAGCUCGGAUGAUGAAGAAUUCAGAGCUUUUUGUUGAUAGUGUUUUUGGUUUUCUUCCAAGGCGUCAAAUUUCAAAUUAUUUUAUGCAGUUUCGUAAGAUUGCCAAUCAUCCAUUAUUGGUCAGGCGCAUCUACAAUGAUGGUGAUGUUGUUCGCCUGGCCAAAAUGUUGCAUCCAAGGGGUACUUUUGGCUUUGAUUGCACCCUGGAGAGGGUAAUCGAUGAGCUCAAGAGUUACAAUGAUUUUGCCCUUCAUAGGCUUUUAGUUUUAUAUGGGGGCAUGGGGACACUGGGAGCACUUGAAAACCGACAUGUUUUGUCCUCUGCAAAAUGCCAGGCCUUGGCAGAUAUGGUCCCUUCUCUAAAAAAACAAGGGCAUCGAGUCCUGAUUUUUAGCCAAUGGACUUCUAUGCUUGAUAUUCUGGAGUGGGCAUUGGACGUCAUAGGUGUAACUUACAGCCGUCUUGAUGGCAGCACACAGGUGACAGAAAGGCAGACCAUCGUGGACACAUUCAACAACGACCCAUCCAUCUUUGCAUGUCUUCUUUCAACUCGAGCUGGAGGGCAGGGCCUCAACUUGACAGGGGCAGACACAGUGAUCAUACAUGACAUGGAUUUUAACCCUCAAGUGGACCGUCAAGCUGAGGACCGAUGCCACCGCAUAGGCCAAACAAAACCCGUCACCAUAUACAGGCUGGUAACUAAAGGCACCGUGGAUGAGAAUGUGUAUGAGAUUGCCAAACGCAAGCUGGUCUUGGAUAGGGCAGUUCUUGAAUCUGGUAUGGAGAUUGAUAAUGAAAACGACAUGCCUCAGAAAACGAUGGGAGAAAUUUUAUCUGCGAUUCUAUUGGGGUAGAAGGUAAUGUGAUUAUAUAUAGAAGGCCAUGUAAUUAUAUAUGAAAUUAUUUAGCUCGAGAUAACAUGAGCAGGUACAAUUUACACAGCUCAUUCUGUGUAAUUUUCACUGCCUCAAUCUGGAGCUGUAAUCUGAUGUGAGAGAAAGGGGGCUCCCUCUGAGGAAGCAAAGAAAUAUGUGCAUUAGAGUGGGCGUUUCUUGCCCACAAUCAGUUGAAGAAUGCAAGACUUCGCUUCGAAUUGAAGUGAAGAUUUUGAGGAGAAAUGAAUCAUUGUUUGCAUUUCAUGAAAUGGAGGCUGCACCUCAAGAAUGGAACUGAUUCCUUGUUUUGUACCAAUGUAUUGGUAUCCCAUGGUCUUCUGGUGGCAUUGGCGGUCUGCCCUGUUUUGAAUUCGGUUGAUAAUCUUGAUAUCGAUUCAUUUUAAAUGAGCGGUGCAGAAUUAGAUAUUUAUUAUUUGCUUAUAAAAGCUAUAAAAAAAAAUAGAUUUUCAAGGUUC